UUACCACAAUCUCUUCACAGAAAUUGAAUUUGUUCAGUUGUUGUGUUGCAUUCCAGAGUAAGCAAUGACGACGGCCCUUAGUUCCAUUGCAUGUAUUACGUUGAUUUUUCUGGGUUUUAGUAAAGUGAACGGGCAGCUUAAUUCGACGUUUUAUGACAGUACUUGUCCGAACGUAUCAUCGACUGUUCAGGCGGCGGUGCAACAAGCGAUCGCCAACGAAGCGAGAAUGGGCGCAUCCUUGCUCCGUCUUCACUUUCACGAUUGCUUUGUCAACGGGUGCGAUGGGUCGAUACUGUUGGAUGACUCGGUGAACAUAACCGGAGAAAAAACCGCUGGUCCAAACAACAAUUCUGUGAGAGGAUUCGACGUGAUCGAUACCAUCAAAUCACAAGUCGAAGCAAUCUGCAGUGGAGUUGUGUCUUGUGCAGACAUCGUCGCCCUUGCUGCUCGGGACUCUGUUGUCGCAUUGGGAGGGCCCACAUGGACAGUGCAGCUGGGCAGAAGGGACUCGUUAACUGCAAGCCUAAGCACUGCAAACAGCAACAUUCCGGCGCCGACAUCGAAUCUUAGCACACUUAUCUCAUCAUUCAGUAAUCAGGGUCUUUCUACGCAGGACAUGAUUGCCCUUUCAGGUGCUCAUACAAUUGGUCAAGCGCGGUGUACUGUCUUCAGAACGCAUAUCUACAAUGAAACAAAUAUCAACAGCACAUUCGCUAGUUCUGUGCAGGCUAAUUGCCCUUUAAGUGGUGGAGACAACAAUUUAUCGCCCUUAGAUUUACAAACGCCCACUACCUUUGACAACGAUUACUACAUGAAUCUGAUGAGCCAGAGUGGACUUCUCCAUUCCGACCAAGAGCUUUUCAAUGGAGGAUCUGCUGAUUCCCAGGUAACUACCUAUUCUAACAAUCAGAAUACCUUUUUCACUGAUUUUGCAUCUGCUAUGGUGAAUAUGGGAAACAUAAAUCCUCUGACAGGUAGCAGUGGGGAAGUAAGAACCAAUUGUCGAAAGCCCAAUUGAAUGGUGUAUCCAUCCAUACCUAUGAUUUAAAAAUUGUUUUCGUUGCAGUAAUUACUCAAACGUGUUCUGUAGAUAAUUAAGUUAUUCAAUAAAAUUUGAUAUAUUUGAAAGGUGUAUCCAUACUUUUGAUUUAGAUAAAUUAAUUUCUUGCUUUAGUCGGCAGAGCUUAUCUGCCGACAAAGUUUACUUCGCCAGUC